GACGUUUGGCUGGAUAUGUUUACAGAUUGCGGAUUUUAAUUGCGUUAUUUUAAAUUAAUUUACGACUAUUUAUUCAUAUUACAAUCUGUGCAUUUAUAUGCCUCGCACGAGUUUAUUUGCGUGUAUUUAUUCCGGUUAAAACGUGUUCUCGCGUUGUUUACAGUGGGCCCAGCUGAUAGUUGGGGGCUGACCACAACAUCACCAGGGCGUUUUAGGCAACGCUCAAAUACACUUAGUUUUUGUCCAGAAACGGGCCAACCUGCAUGGGACAAGUGCUCCUCAUCGCGCAGAUGAAAUGUUGAUGUGGGGAAAAUGAACAGACCCAAAAUGGCCUCAGAGAAAGGUGUUCCGAGUAACUCCAGGGUGAUGAUGCUGCUGGCUCAGCUGGAGAGGAUGAACGGAGAUCUGGGCAGACAGGCGGAGACGGCCCGGCAGCUCACAGCGAAGAUCCUGCACCUCAUACAGACACAAGAGAAGAGCGGGAAGGAGGUGAUGUCCAAAGGGUCGAGCGGCAUGGAGGUGAUCCUGGCGUCUCUGGAGAACACUCGUGAUGUCCAGACCAUCCUGAACAUUCUGAGCAUUCUCACCGAGCUGCUCACUCUUGGCCGCGGUCGCAGAGUGGGGGUGUUUGUGUCUAAAGGAGGAACAGGAAUACUGUUUCAGACUCUUCUCUCUGUGAGUAAAGAGAUGCCCCCCAGUGAAGAGCUCAUGCUGCAGCUGCACUCACUGCUGGCAAAGGUCGGCCCCAAAGACAGGAAGUUCGGUGUGGCGGCGCGUCUCACCGGAGCUUUAAACGUCACCGUCAACUUGAUCAAACAGAAUCUGCAGAACCCCAAACUGCUGCUGCCCUGUCUCCAAGUGCUCAGGGUCUACUCCACCAACUCCGUCAAUGCGAUUUCAAUGGGAAAGAAUGGCGUGGUGGAGCUCAUGUUCAAGAUUCUGUCGCCCUACACUAAAAAAAACACCAGUCUGCUUAAGGUGGCGUUGGAUGCACUGGGAGCCCUGCUGAAAUCAAAGACCAAUGCCCGGCGUGCAGUGGACGGUGGGUACAUGCCCAUUUUGCUGGCGCUGUACGCGGACUGGCACCGUAACGACACCCGGCAUCGCCACAUGCUGAUCCGAAAAGGGCUCCUGGUCUGCCUCAGAAACAUCACCAACAUAAAGCUCGGCAGGAAGGCGUUUAUCGAGGCCGACGGGAUGAGGGUCCUGUACAACACCUCCACAGAGUGUCUCCCUGUUCGGACAUUGGAUCCUCUCAUAAACACCUCCAGUCUCAUCAUGAGGAAGUGUUUCCCCAAGAACCGCCUCCCUCUCCCCACCAUCCAAUCAGCUUUCAGCUUCCAGCUGCCCCAUGUCCCCGGGUCAGGACCAGGAGUGUACAGCCACGCCCCGGGCGCUGAUUUAAACAGGUUUUGGAGCUGUCUUCCUACCAGUGGAGGCAGGACGACAGCGCCAUCUGCAGUUCGACUUCCUCAGGACAGAAUCCCAGUGGAUGAUGUGGUGGACGAAAGCGAUGACAACGACGAGGCCGACACGGAGAACGACACGGAGAACGAAGAGGAUGAGAAAGACCAGCCGUCUCCGAACGAUGACAUAGAGACGGACCUGAACAAGCUGCACCCGAAAAAAGGCCCUGGGCGUCCGUACGAGGAGCUGAGGGUUUACGAGAGGUUCUUUGUGGAGCUCUCCGAGGACUUUCAGGGAUUUAACUUUGACUGCUCCAAGUCCUCCACCAGCACAUCAUCUCCAUUCUCCUCAUCAGUGACUCCUGCCAAAUCUCCCCCUCGUCCAAUCAUCGUCCCCACUGCUCAGGCGCUCUCCCCCAAACACGCCCCUCUGUCCGGGCUACAGAAAGACCCACCCCUGCCUCCUUCCACUUCUACCUCCACCUCCACCUCCACCUCCACUCCUCCUCCUAAUCCUCCUCUCCCCAACCUCACCCCGCUCGAACUGGAAAACAUCCACGUAUCCAAGGACCAAGACAAAACCGAAGAUCCGCACAUUCCAACCACAGACAGACACGAAUGUACUCUUUCCUCUUUAAGCAAAACGACAACGGAAGUGGACGAUAUCGAAAAAGAACUCGCGCGCGUACUGGAGUGUGUAUCUUUGGACACUAUGGACGGCGUGGUGUCUCUAAAUACCGAGCACAGGGGAUUGAGGCAAGAAGAUCUAAGCACAACCAGGCAGAUUCAGUCCCCUCUGCUUCUGGGGGGGCUGUCCUCGCGGCGUUCAGGGGGAGGGGGGAGCGACUGCGGGUCGGAGGGGGCGGACGACGAGACGGCGGAGGGCGGCGUUCUGGAGGUACCGGACACGGCGCUGUUGCUUCCUCUGCACGAUCCCGACCUCUACGUGGAGAUGGUGAAAGGGACGCUGUCGGUGCCGCAGUACGCAGAGGUGGCGUAUCCGGACUACUUUGGUCACGUGGCUCCAACGUUCAGAGAGCCGCUUCUGGAGAGGAUAUACGGGGUGCAGAGGGCCAAGAUCUUCCAGGACAUCGAGAGGCUGAUUCAUCCCAACGAUAUCCUGGAUAAAGUAGUUUAUGACCUCGACAUUCCCAGCUGCCCUGUGAUCGAAGACGACGGCGAAUCGCUUAAAUUCAACUCUCAGUUUGAGUCUGGAAAUCUGAGAAAGGCCGUCCAAGUCAGAAAGUUUGAGUACGACCUGGUUCUGAACUCGGACAUCAACAGUAACCACUAUCACCAGUGGUUUUACUUCGAGGUGAGCGGCAUGAAGGUCGGCGCCACCUACCGCUUCAACAUCAUCAACUCUGAGAAGUCCAACAGCCAGUUCAACUACGGGAUGCAGGUUCUCAUGUACUCGGUCCAGGAGGCCAUCAGUGGAAGUCCUCGCUGGGUCCGAACAGGAACCGACAUCUGUUACUACAAAAAUCAUUUUGCCAGAAGUUCUAUAGCCGCCGGGGGCCAGAAAGGAAAGUCCUAUUACACGCUGACCUUCAGUAUCAACUUCAAACACAAGGACGACGUGUGUUAUUUCGCCUAUCACUACCCGUACACGUACUCCACUCUCAAGAUGCACCUGUCUAAGCUGGAGGCCCUCAGGACUCCUCAGAUUUACCUGAGGCAGGACGUCCUGUGUCAGAGUCUGGGAGGAAACAGCUGCCCCCUCCUCACCAUCACUGCCAUGCCCGAGUCCAACUCCAACGACCACAUCUGCCAAUUCAGAAACCGGCCUCUGAUCUUCCUGUCUGCCCGGGUGCACCCAGGGGAGACCAAUGCCAGCUGGGUGAUGAAGGGCAGCCUGGAGUUCCUCAUGAGCUCCAGUCCUUUGGCCAACAGCCUCCGGGAGUCCUACAUCUUUAAGAUCGUGCCCAUGCUCAACCCCGACGGAGUGGUCAACGGGAACCACCGCUGUUCUUUGAGUGGAGAAGAUCUGAACCGCCAGUGGCAAAACCCCAACCCCGACCUCCACCCCACCAUCUACCACACCAAGAGCCUGCUGCAGUACCUGGCUCACAUACAGAGGGCGCCAAUGGUCUUUUGUGACUAUCACGGCCAUUCGAGGAAGAAGAAUGUUUUUAUGUACGGCUGCAGUGUGAAGGAGACCGUGUGGCAGUCCAACAUCAGCGCUACGUCCAGUGAUCUACAGGAGGACAUCGCGUACAGGGCCCUCCCCAAGAUCCUGUCUCAGAUCGCUCCGGCCUUCAGCAUGAGCAGCUGCAGUUUUGUGGUGGAGCGCUCCAAAGAGUCCACGGCUCGAGUGGUGGUGUGGAGGGAGAUCGGCGUCCAGCGCAGCUACACCAUGGAGAGCACGCUGUGUGGAUGUGACCAGGGCAAGUACAAGGGCCUCCAGAUCGGGACCAGGGAGCUGGAGGAGAUGGGAGCCCAGUUCUGUGUGGCUCUGCUCAGGCUGAAGAGGCUCACGGGGCUCCGCAACCACCAGCCCCUCCUCGACCUGGAGAGCGACAUCAUCGGCAGCCACGCCAAAGUCGCCAGCAGUUGCACGACCACGUACGUCCUGGACGAGGAUGAGCCGUCUUUCCUGGAGGCCAUCGACUACAGCGCCGAGAGCAACGAAGAGGAAGAGACCGAAGCGGAGACCGAAAACACGGCCGAAGUCCAAGAGGCCCUGGAGCAGCUGUCCGACUCAGACAACUAUCACAAGGACUGAGACGACCCCAAACUAUGCGCAAUGAAACGUCACAGGGACUGAAAACAUUAUCAACCACAAACACAGGGGCUGAAACAUCACAAACCAUAGGGGCUGAGUUUUCAUCAAAAUACACUUUAUUCAUCUAGAAAAAGAAAUGCUGUCAAGUCGAUUACUAAAAUAACAAACAAUAUGAUUUUAAACAACACCAGGGGCUUAAACAUUAUAACUAUAAAGACUGAAACGUCACAACCACAGGGGCUGAAACAUUACAAACCAUAGAGGCUGGAAUUUUCAUCAAAAUACACUUUAAUCAUUCUCUAUUUAGAAAAAGAAAUGCUGUUUACUCGAUUUCUAAAAUAAUAAACUAUAUGGAUUUAAAAAACACUAGGGGCUUAAACAUUAUUACUAUAAAGACUGAAACGUCACAACCACAAGGACUGAAAUGUUAUCAACCGUAGGGACUGAAUCUUCCUCAAAAUACACUUUAUUCAUUUGAUAUUUUGAAAAAAAGCUGUCUAGUCGAUUUACUAAAAUUACUUAAAAAACUACAUAGACUUAAAGGUGAACUAUGUAACUUUUUGGUUGGGGGUCCGUCGACUGCUUGUUUCCAGGGUUCAUUGCUGUACCUGGAAUGUUCCACAGUGUUACAUUAAACAGCUCUGCCUUAGAUUUAUUAAAUUAUAGGUGGUUUUAUAGCUCAGAAAUACCUAGAAAAAACAUGCAAAAAAGUGACCGGUAUCUUCCAUGACAUUUGACGGUAGCCAGGUCGGCGCAACCUUGUGCCUCUGCUCAAUUUCAUUUCUCUCCAGCGACUCGGGCAGGAAUUGGAAUACACUAGACGAUUUGCAAAAACCCGGAAGUUAUAGACCGUCCACUGGCCAAUCAGUGAAGAGCUGUGAAGCCAUGACGUCAAACUCAAGCGUCUGUCUGGGUCCAUUUUGUGGAAACAGCACAACAGUAAACAAAGCGUCGAGAUGGAUGUAGACAAAUACAUACAUUCUGUGUUGGUAACGAUUCCCGAGAUAGAGGAUUUAAAGUUGGAACAAAGACAAUGUUUGGUGAAUUUUAUCAAGGGGAAAGACGUUAUUGCCCUUCUUCCUGCAAGAUUUGGUGCAUUACAUAAAUCACGACCAAAUAGCAGCGAUUGGUUAAAUAAAAAAAAAGUACCUGUCAACCAUCGAGCGAAUGAAUUAUAAUGCUGCGAGGUCAGACGGUUUCCACAAAGUGAAACCGGCUGAUGAAUUAGGCUAAUUUGACGGACCCUCCACCAGAAAAGUUACACAAUUCACCUAUGAACAAAAUCAUAACUUUAAAGACUGAAAACGUUACAAUCACAGACUGAAACUAAAAUAACUGCAAGUACAGAAAUAUUACAGACAGAAAUACUAUUUAAUGUACACUGUCCCUGGCAAAUAAAUAAAUAAAUAAAUACUCUCAUUAGACGACUUCUAAAAUAACCAACCAUAGGGACUGAAACGUCACAAACAGAACGACUGCAAUGUCACAAUCACAAAUGUUCACUAAAGUGCAUUGUUCCCGUCACAUAAAUAAAUACAAUAAGGUAGGGACAUUUCAAUAUUUUUGCACACCCCUAGAAUAGAGGUACUGAAACAUCACAAACAGAAGAGCUGAAACAACACUACAGCUGCAAUGAUUAGUCUAAAUAUUUGUGACCUGGAAAUAAUCAUAAAUGUUAACUGGACCACACAAACGCAACACCAACACAUGGAAAAAACAUCGAAAGGGACUGAAACCUCACCAACCACAGACUGAAACCUCACAAUCAACAAAACGUGUUCUCCUCACACUGUUCUCAACGACGCACUGCAAAAAUGUAAUAUCUUGAUGAGUAAAAACACUUGAAUUCAGUAUAUUCACGUUAGAUUUUUGUAGUUUUGACUGGUUUACAUUUAUUUCUAUCCUGCUUUGAUCCUGGUUUAGGCCUGACGUAGACUUGGUUUGGUCCUGGUCUAGUCCAGAUUUAGUUUUAGGUUUAGUCCCAGGUUAGUCCGAGUUUAGAUUUGUCUAGAAUUGUGGACUUGCCUUAAAUUUGCACUGCGUAACUAUCCUGAUGGAGUGUGUGCCAACAGCUUUGCCUAGAAUGUUCCACAGUAUGGCAUUGAACUUAUGUAUCGCCAUGGAGACAAGCACGCGACGCUAACCUGAAAUAUCGUCAGAGUUCUCACAAUAACAUCGUGGACCAUCACAAUAUAUCGAAUUACAAGUCUCUUUGAUUAAAUUAAGAGUUAUGGUGCAGCAAAAGACAGAGGGAACUACAUAGACCAUGAUCCUUUGCUCCAUUUCAGUGUAGACUACAAGAGUUCUAAGCACUUUUAAGUCUUAGUUCUUUGGAUUAAGUCUUGUCAAGGCAUUUAAGAGGAAAAAGUCGCAUAUUAAAAGUUUUAGCUGUUUAGCCUCCACAAAAUAUCGCAAUAAAUAUCGUAGCACCCGUUAUGGCCCUGAUUUGCUUUGCUCAUUAGACCCCACACCCUGUGCAGUUCAAUAGGCCGAACUAACAAACAGAAACUGUAAACAAGUGUGUGUGUUAGUUUUAGAGUAGUUUCAGUGUAGUUAGCUCCUCCCUGCAGACAGAUAUAAGGAAGUGUCCACCAGCGUCUGACCAGAACUGAAGAAGCAGCUUGGAUGAGCCGCGAAACGUCUUCAACCAAACUAACUUUUGACCAGUCGACAAACUGAAUUUUCUCCUCGUCCCGGAAGUGCAAGUUCGCUCACCAGCCAAUCAGCGAAGAACAAUAUAUUCAGUGUUGUCAGCGAUUCACAAGAUCAAGGAUUUAAAGCCGGAAUAAAGAGAAUGUUUGGUGAAUUUCAUCAAGGGGAAAGACGUUAUUGCCCUUCUUCCUACGGGAUUUGGGAAAAGCUUAAUAUACCAGUUCGCCCCGUGAACAUCGCAUUACAUACGUCACGACCAAAUAGCAGCGAUUGGUUAAAUGAUAAAAAGUACCCGCGUACCGUCGAGCGAACGAAUCCUAACACUGCGAGGUCAGACGGUUUCUACGAAGUGAAACCAGUUGAUGAAUCAGACUCGUACGUCUGCAUACUCUGGCUAAAUCGUCAAGGUGCGACAAGGCCAUUAGAAUUCAUGUUUUUCAAGGUAUUUCUGAACAUUUAAACCCUUCGUAAUCAAACAAAUGCCAUAUUGUGGAACAUUCCAGCGCAAAGCAAUCGUAUCUCCAGGGAGACCUCCACCGGAAAAGUUACGCAGUGGAUCUUUUAAAGCAUUUCAGACAGGUUUCGGUAUUAUUACAUGUUUUUCUUGUUCCGUGCAGAAGUUAUUAGUCCGUUGAGGCUUUUUGACUUAUUGCGUUGACAAAUUUAAGUACAGUUCUCUUACUUCCUGUCUGAAAAACAAACACUAUUACGCUCGCAGGAAAUAAAUCUUUACUCGUCGAAACUACUCGCAACAACAUGAAUAUCGUGAAUGUAUCUUUUUAAUACCUCGUAGAUAUGAGUUUUUACAGUGCGCGGACUCCAGCGUGUGAGUUUCCCGAUAAUCACAUUUACUUCUCACCUCCCCGUGUUAAUAUGGAGCCAUCUGUUCCUCUCAGACUCUACACAGCUGUAUUCUUUGUCAGUCGCUCACUGAAUGUCUCUGCACCUGCCACUCUUGACGGGCGCGGGCUAAAAAUGGACUCUUCUUAUACUGUGUCUCCAUUCACGGCGCUGAGGAAAUUUAUGCUCACAAAAAACACUUAUUUCAGGAGCGUUUUCUCACUGUUUUCAUAGCUGCAUCUUAAUUAUACGCUAAAAUGACCUUAAAGCUACCAUCCGGAAUUAAACCUGUUGUAUUCUCACGCUUCACCACGAGAUGCCGCCUGUGUUACUGCUGUCACAGAGAGAAAGACCUCAAUGCACAGGGAAAACGAACAAAGGCAAAGGCCGUGUCUCAGUUCUCUUUCCUUGAUUUCUCUCCUCGAUCCUGCGUUUUUCAGUCAAUCAAAUGUUUCCCAAAGAAAACCACGGAAGGAAGGAGUAAACAUGCACUAAGGGAGCAUUCGGGAGCAGACGUCAGAGAAAAGAAUCAAACUUUAUUGGUCUCAGUGUGCACCUACGGGACCCGACGCAAAACAGAGCGGCAUGGGACUCAUUUUGAAAGCUCAUAGCAGGCGCAGGAGGGUGGGAUGAUAAACUGCAGUCCCGCAAACUAAAUAUGAGUGUAAAUGAAAAUAUACAAAUGAUUAAUGUUUGCCUAUCAUACAUAAUUUGUGCUGGAUAUUUUAUUUGGCAUUAAUGAAAACAUUUUAAGACGCCUAAACUUGCAGAUGUGGUUUAAUCUCGCACACAUUUUAGACAAUUCCUUUCCGCUUCUCUGUGUUUGAUAGAGCUUAAAAAAGCAAACGUCCACGUCUUGCGGGACUUGCGGGUGGGAACAGAAUAUCGCCGAUGCGGCCUUGAGCUAGUCAGGCUGGCGCCACCUAGUGCCUCCGCUCAGUUUCAUUUCUCUCCAGCGACUAGGUCAGGAAUCGGAAUGCGCUAGACCACGGCUCUCCAACCUUUUUCUUCCCGUGAGCUACUUUCUGUUAAACGAAAAUGUCAGAGAGCUUCUAAUUUUAGGGGUUGCCAGAAAUGGAGUAAAUAUAAGAGCCAUGGCAAGCUUUAAAUGAGGUACAGUUAGACGUCUAUAAAAAAAAUACCAUUAUCCAGUAAUCAGUGCACAAAAUUAGGCAACAAAAUGAUACAUUUACAGUGGAAAUAGGCACUUAAUCAGUCAGAUUUGACUUAUUCAGGGCAAUAUGUAUACUUCAGAAAUCCCUUGAUGAGCUCCUUGGAAGGGGGUGGAGAGCUACUGGAGCUACCACAGACGUUGUAGAGCGCACACCGGACAAUCAGUGAAGCCAUGACGUCAAACUCAAGCGUCUGUCUGGGUCCCUUUUGUGGAGCAGCACAACAGUAAACAAAGCGUCGAGAUGCAUGUAGACGAAGACAGACAUUCUGUGUUGGCAACGAUUCCCAAGAUCGAGGAUUUAAAACCAGAACAAAGAGAAUGUUUGGUGAAUUUUAUCAAGGGGAAAGACGUUAUUGCCCUUCUUCCUACGGGAUUCGGCGCAUUACAUACGUCACGACCAAAUAGCAGCGAUUGGUUAAAUAAAAAAAGUACCCGCCUACUGUCGAGCGAAUGAAUCCUAAUGCAGCGAGGUCAGACGGUUUCCACGAAGUGAAACCGGCUGAUGAACCAGUCUAGGCGGGAGCGGGAAUGAAAAUUACAAUUCUUUGCGUGACCGGACAGGAGCGGGACUGAAAAUUCUAUCCUGCGCCGAUGUCUAACGAGGAGUUUUUAUCCUCUGUCGUUUCUUCAUCUCUUCUGUAGUUUCCCUCCCAUUUCCUGAAGAAUCAAGGAGAAGAAAGCGAGGAAAGAGAAACGAGACGAACAAAGUCCAGGUGAGGUGAGGACCAGGUUUCACAUCUGCCAUCUACUGGUGAAAAAAAAAAAAUCAAAUAAGCUUCCAGAUGGUAGCUUUAAGUUUAUUAUAUUCACGUCCAGAUACAAGAUACUCAAAGCGCUUUAUUGCAUUAUUUAUUCAUACACCCAUACGGCAUCUCAGACCACCACCGAUACCAUCUCACCAAGAUGCGGCAUUUAUCCAUAUCAGGUGGGUGAAGUGUCUUGCUCAAGGACACGAUACCUUCCGCUUGAUGGGCAUUGAGUAAACUGGCAACCUUAAAAUGAUUUAUUCAAGUUAUUAUUAUCAGUUGUGAUGGAGCGACCCGUCUUUAACUGUGGACUUCUUACUGUAUCUACUGCUACUUAUACUACUUCUACGGCUGCGAAUACUACCACUUUGAGUACUGUUACCACGACGAUUACUCGUACUACCACCUGGCUUUGCGCUGAAAUGUUUGUGCAUCUACUGUCCAUCUCGAUCUAAUCCUGGAUUGUUAAAAGUGCACUAUAAACCCUCACUACAGAAAAGGAAAGGCUCCGUACCCGAUUUUCGCCGUCUUAAAAACGCGAAAAAAUGGAAAUACUUCGUUCGAAAGAGUUUGCGGUGGCGCUUUUUGCUCGAAUACGCGGGAAAGUCGGGUACAAGGUCUUUAAUUCACGACGUUAUUUAUUGUAAAGUGGGAAAAUUUAUCGACGUUUGUUGUUUUUUAGACGAUACGUUUUGCUGCACUCCCUCAGACCUCAGACACCUAAUAGCCUGGAAUCCUCAUCGCAUUUACCUGAUAUUACUCGUGAGCUCUGUUUUCCUGCUUAAAAUGUUUAGUUUUUUUCUCUGUAGAUAAUUCCUUUCUUAAAUCCUAGGUCUUUCAAAUUCAUCCACUGAACCACAGAUAUUUGAAAAACUGCUGAUUUAGAAAACUGGACCUAUAAACAAAUAACCAGCUCUGGAACGACUUGCCUUUCUCUGAACUUUCAAAAUUUCGCCGUUUUUAUUUCGUUUAGCUUCAGUGUUAGAUUUAAAGGUGCACUGCGUAACUUUCCGGGCAGAAGGUUUGUUUCUACGGAGCUCGGAAUGUCACGCAGUAUGGCAUUAAACUCCUCCAUCUCGCGUUGAAUCAAUCGCGUUUGUUUUAAUCGCCUUGAAAAAGCCUGCAUUGUUACUGUGAGCGUUCUCGCCUCUCCACAGAUCUGCUCGUCUCCACGGAGAUAGAAAAGUUUAAUAAUCCGUGUAUCAUUCGUUUUUUCAAAAUAAAACCGAAUAUAAGAAAAUUAAAAUGAAAAAAACAACUAUUUACUUCAGUAUUUGUCUCCAAAACCAAAAUGAAAGAACAGAAAUAUACAAAUAAUGAUUCAUUUUUUCAGUUUCGAUUUUGUGUUUAAAUUAAAAAUGGAAAAAAGGAAAAAACGGAUAAACUGUAACGACAUUUCCCCGUUUACAUGACUUAAACUGUGAUGCCGGACUGAACCAGGAUUGAACCAGGACUGAACCGGGUCUAAACCAGAACUAAACCAAACCAGGUCUAAACUGGAACUAAACUGGAACUAAACCAGAACUAAACCGAACCAGGACUGAACCAGGAUUCAACCAGGACUGAACCGGGUCUAAACCAGAACUAAACCAAACCAGGUCUAAACUGGAACUAAACCGAACCAGGACUGAACUGGGACUAAACCAGGACUAAACUGGAACUAAACUGAACCAGGAUUGAACUGGGACUAAAUCAGAACUAAACCAGAACUAAACUGAACCAGGACUGAACCAGAUCUAAAGUAGGACUAAACCGUUGCAGUCCUGGUCUGGUCCGGUCUUGGUCUGAUCCCGGCCUCAGUCUUGGUCUGGUCCUGGUCUGGUCCCGGUCUCACUUCUGGUCUGGUCUGGUCCUGGUCUGGUCCCGGUCUCAGUCCCAGUCUCAGUCCUGGUCUGGUCCCGGUCUCAGUCCUGGUCUGGUCCCGGUCUCAGUCCUGGUCUGGUCCCGGUCUCUGUUCUGAUCAACAGUCUACGCGGGCACACCUCCGGGACUGUCCUGACACUUAGUCCUGGUUUAGAACUGGUUCAGUCCUGGUUCAGUCCAUCAUCACAGUUUAAGUCACGUAAACGGGGAAAUGUCGUUAUCCGUUUUUUCCAUUAUUCAUUUAAACACAAAAUCGAAAAAUGACAUUUUUUUCAUUUUGCUUUUGGAGACAAAUAAUGAAGAAAAUUGUUGUUAUUUUGUUUUCUUCUUUUUGGUUUUAUUUUGAGAAACAAAUGAACGAACGAUACACGGAUUAUUAACGCUGCCGUACUUUGGAACCUCCUGGAAAAAUGACUUCUAUCUCCAUGGAGCAAAGAAAUGUUACGCAGUGCAGCUUUAACCACGUCAGAAAUUUGAUUUUGCUUGUGAUUUUUAUAGAUUUUUAUUUUAUUUUUUUCAAACACAACUUUAAGAAUGUGCUUUUUUGGAUUUAAACGAGACUUUGUACAUACGAUACGCACAACACACCUCCACUUGGGUUUUUACGCUGGUGCGGACUGAAAAAAAAGUGGAAUGUUACGCUAAAACAUUACUGUUGUCGUCUUAACUAAAUCACAGUGUUAAAUCAUCAAAGUGUUCUAUCUAUAAUCACAUUUGCACUUUGGGUAAAUACAAUUCUAUACACACACAAACUGUCACUUUACAAAUCUGUACACAGGAUGAAACUGGGAUCGGACGUGUUGCCAUUUUCGUAUUUCUCGAGAUUUUAUUGACGUGAACGUUUAGAAACAAAACCAAACCACAGAGAGGUCCUUUAUUUAUGAAAUGUACAAACUGAAUUGAAAUUAAAAUUAAAUUAUAGCAGGUUUGAGUUUUUACAGUUGCUUUGGGUUUGAUUUUCACUCACAAAUGCUCUUUUUGCAUUUUGCCGGGAUUGUUAUGUCAUAGUUAAAACUCUUUGAUUGUUUUGGGUUUCGUUUUUUUUUUUUUGGUAAGUCAUGUCCAAAGUCGUAAUCUUUGAGCACUCACAAAAACAAAACAAAUCCCAAAGCAAUCCAAAGUCUGAGUGCUCACAAAUGCUCUUUUUGCGUUUUGCCAGAAUUGUUAUGUCAUAGUUCAAACUCUGGACAAGAUUUACCAAAAAACAAAACCCAAAGCAAUCCAGAAUUGUAAUCUCUGAGCGCUCACAGAUGCUCUCUUUGCUUUUUGCCUGGAUUGUUACAUCAUAGUUAAAACUCUGUAAAUGUAUAAAAUGAAAUGAAAAUGAAAUUAUAGCUUGUUUGGAGGUCAAAGGGCACUUAUUAUUACUCAUAGUAGUAAUUUUUUGGUAAAUCGAAUCCAUGUUUUUUUGGUAAAUCAUUUCCAAAGUCGAAAUCUCUGAGCGCUCACAAAUGUUCUCUUCGCAUUUUGCAAGGAUUGUUAUGUCAUAGUUAAACUCUGGGUUGCUUUGGAUUUUGUUUCUUGUAAAGCUCUGAGCUCUCACAAAUGCUCUUUACGCAUUUUGUUAUGUGAUAGUUAAAACUUUGGAUUGGUUUGGGUUCUUUUUUUGGUAAAUCUUGUCCAAAGCCAUAAUCUCUGGAUUGUUUUCGGUUUCAUUUUUGGGUAAAUCUUGUCAAAAGUCGUCAUCUCUGAGCGCUCGCAAAUGCUCUUUUCGCAUUUUUCCAGAUGUUAUGGUAUAGUUAAAAUGCUGAAUUGUUUUUGGUUUCGUGGUUUGGUAAAUCAUGUCCAAUGUCAAAAUCUCUGAGUACUCACGAAAGCGCUUUUUUACAUUUUGCCAGGAUUGUUAAGUCAUAGUUUAAACUCUGAACAAGAUUUACCAAAAAAACAAAACCCAAAGCAAUACAAAGUCAUAAUCUCUGAGCGCUCACAAAUGCUCUCUUCGCAUUUUGCUAGGAUUGUUAUGUCAUAAUUGAAAUCCAAAGCAACCCAGAGUUUUAACUAUGACAUAACAAAAUGGGAAGAGAGCAUUUGUGAGCACUCAGAGAUUAUGACUUUGGACAUGAUUUACUAAAAAAAAACAAAAUCCAAAGCAAUCCAGAGUUUUUUUUUUGUUUUUUUUUAGUAAAUCGUGUCCAAAGUUGUAAUCUCUGAGCGCUCACAAAUGCUCUCUUCGCAUUCUGCCAGGAUUUUUAUGUCAUAGAUAAAACUCUGGAUUUUUCCUGGCAAGUUUUUAAGACCAUAAACCAUCACCAGACCCAUUCUAUCGACAACAAACACAUGGAUCUUUUAGCGAAGCGGUCAAAAGAGAUUUACUUUCUGAUUUACUUUUGUUAAUUCCCAUUGCUGACAGCAGAGGGAGCUCUAACGCCUAAAGGCCUUAUUGGAAAUGAAGAUGUAGUGUUUAAAGUGCGCUUUGUGUUGCAUUUUUUGUAUGAAAAGCGCUCUAUACAUAAAGUUUGAUAUAUUGAAAGUGUAUUUUCUCAAGGCAGACAUGAUUUUAAGUUAGAAAAUGUGACAUAACUAUCCCAAAGCAGGACCCAGAGCAUGUUUAAAGAGAAUUAAAGCCACAAAAAUUCA